AUGGGACUCUACGACAAUCUGCCUCUCUCAUCAACCGAGCAGAGUAUACGCUUGAUAAAGCUACAAACCGCGAGCCAUCGUAAUGCAGCCCUUGUUGCAAAUAUUUCUGUUAUACCAUUGGCCACUAAUCCAGACUAUGCCGCUGUCUCCUAUUGCUGGGGCUCUCCAACGACCAAGUGUCGGAUCACUUGCAAUGAUACCGUGCUCCAGGUGGGCGAGAACCUGGGGGCCGCUCUCACCAGCAUCCGGUCAAUCUCCAACCUCCCUUUGUGGGUAGAUCAGAUAUGUAUCAACCAGAAUGACCCGCGCGAGCGGAGUGCACAGGUUGCUUUCAUGCAAAAAAUAUAUUCGCAAGCUAUGAGAACCUUCGUUUAUCUGGGUGAACCCGAUUCGGGUGCAGUGAAUGAAGCCUGUAAGGUGCUUGAAACGAUUGGAAUACCUGUGCUUCAGAUGAGCGAUUACGACAAGGACGAGCUCAAGCUCAAAACACGUUUGAAAGUAGGCCUUGCUACAGUGAAGCUUGCCGUGCAGCAUCCGCGCCUGAUGAAGAGGGCAUACAGCGAAGACGUGAGAAGAGCUCUCGAACGGCUGAUCCGACUACCAUACUUCUCUCGAAAAUGGAUCAUUCAGGAGGUCGUCAUGAGCCGGUCAUUGUUUUGCUUGCUUGGCGGUCGUUGCUUUGAAUGGGACCCAUUUAUCACGGCGAUGCUAAAGCAAAGUCGUACUGUUGAUUCCUCCGCGGACGUGUAUAGUGCUACUAAAGUCUGGUGGCUUUGGGAUUUAGUCCAUGAGUUUGCAGACAAGCGGCGACCUCCACUCUUAACACUGCUAUACUACUCGCGCUCUUUCAAAGCAACGGAACAUCGUGACUACGUAUUUGCCUUGCUUGGUGCUGCUUCUGAUUCGCAUGAGUUUCCGGAGCCAGAUUAUGAGUUGAGCGUUGAACAGGUAUACCGGGAAACAUCAAGCAGUUUUGUCCGGCAAGGGAAUGGAUUCUUAUUGCUUCACCUUGCCGGUCUACGGCCCACCGAUAAUGGACUGCCGUCAUGGGUAGUGGAUUGGAGAAAUUUUGAUACCUUCUACUCGGGCAAGGAUUUCUCAUCGUUUUGUGCCGGGGGUAUGGAUGGAUCUAUAACGCUGACUCCAACAGCCGCCAUACUGCAGGGAUUUGGCAAGAUUGUGGAUCGCGUUGUUGCCGUUGCCGACCUGUUCAACCCUGAAGUGAAUCUCUGUGACAGGUUGGCGCACUACAUUGACAAUUGUACCUUCGCCUUCGGAGAAUUUUAUGAAGAUGAUACUCAGAAGCUAUCUAUACAGAGAGACUUAGCCUCAAUGAUCUCGUUCGAAAUGAAAUUCAACGUCAACGACCCGGAACGAACUAUGUACAAAUUCAACAAGGACUACAUCGACGUCUCCGCAUGCCAGGAUCUAUCUGCCCUAGAUUCUUUGACACCCGGACAAGAAGUGCUCAUGUUCUGUAGGUUUUUCCUCCUCAAAUCUGAGAGAUGUAUUUCAAGUUUUGGCCAUGGGAUUGGAGUGAGUGGCUUGGGCAGGCCUUUUCAGAAGCUCAGGCCCAUCGAGACCCCAAAGAUUCUCGCUGAGGACGCGGUAGCCAACGGGAUUGCCAGAGACUCCGCCUUUGAGAACUUCUUACGGUACAAUUUCUUUAAGCCCACGACGAGGCCGGUCAUGACCCAAGAUCGCCGACUUGGUUUAGGCCCAUCUAUGACGCAGAAAGACGACGUGGUGUGCGUGCUCUUUGGUGCCAACGCCCCACUGAUUCUGCGCCCAUCCGCAGGCGGCACAUACAAAAUAGUUGGCGAAGCUUACGUGCAAGAUAUCAUGUUUAGCGAGACUCUGAAGGAUGACAGAUAUCCUGUCCAACAGAUUCUGAUCAGCUGA